CUAAGGCAGAGUGGCUGCCUCCCUCCGCUUCAGAUGCAUUGGCCGGGCGGCAACGAACUGAAGGGCUGAAUGGAGUAGGUAAGAGGUAGGUAGCCCGACCAACACGUCCGAGGCCGGCAUGAGAUUACCCCAUGAGUUGUCAUGAUUGAAAGCAGGUCGAGACACAUGCCUUUCUCGCAGCAAAACGGGCAUGGAUGGAAUUCGGGGGCCGUGUCCCGUUCCCGAGUUUCGGGUCCGCUUGGGCUUGGGUUGAUUUCUGACCUAUCACAUCCAUAUAUCUUUCGAUCACUCCUCCCUUUACCACUCUUUUCAGCGGUCUCCGAUGAGCAUGUUUCUGAGCAACGAGAAGUCUCGAUCCCGAUCACCAAUGGGAGCCUUGAGCGUGUCCCAUCGGGUGUCUUGACUUCGUGUCUUCCACCUACUCGCAGACUUGGGAAAAAAAAAGAAGAAGAAAAAAAAAAAACCCCUGCAGCAGAGAUUGUAUCCAUUAGACGGUGAGGGUCUCGAGUGGUUGACCUACAUACACUUUCAUGUCGCCCACAGCCCACAAACUGCAGCAUCAAGCCCUCUGGAUAUCUGGAUUCGAGAAACGCAAGCGCCACGUCCAAGAUAAUGUCGCCGCCACCAAGGUGCAUACUCGACAGCAAAUCCUUUGGCAAGCAGAUUCGGAGAACCCGCUCUCGAGAGCCCAUAGCAAGAGCAUUGCAGCUCUGACAAGAGCCAACGAAUGUAUCAGAAUGGCCAGCAGUGGUAGUCAAAGGGGGGGAAGUGUUGGUGGGGACAGCAUUGGUAACACUGGCAGGGAGGGCACCAAGGGUAGCGGCAGCGCCCAAAGGCUUCGAGCAUUGCUCCCAAGCACCCCAGGAGGGCCAUACAAACGACCGCCCUCACCCACGGGUCCCGGAGGACCUAGGAAACAAAAGAGAACAGCUGUGCCAGCUGCUUGUGAGAACUGUCGCAAACGCAAAGUCAAGUGCAAUGGAGAUCGCCCAGAGUGCGCCUCCUGCAAGGCCGCAAAAGUGGACUGCAGGUAUUCAGAGCCUCCGGGGGUUUCUCCACGCGGCAACGAGCGUCGACUGCUUAAGCUAUGCAAACAAGAUCAGAGAGCCCUGGUAGAUGAACUUCGCCGAAAUGGACAAGAAUCCCAGAUCUUAAAACGGAUAAUAGAUGCUCCGUCGCUAGAAGAAGCCGUUGCUCUUGUAAGCAGCACCUCCGACAUUGCUGCGCAUGGAGUCGACGAUGGCCAAGAGAGGGUUGACGAGCCCAUGAUUCGACCCCAGCUCAGGCCCGGCGAAUCCAGUGGCCACGACAUUGACUGGCAGCCGACCGAGAUUGACGUUGCGCGCUGGACGGGUAGUAAAGAAGACGACAAGGAGGCGUUUAACGGGCUUCUGACCCACCUCCUAAGCCUUUUCUGGACCUGGGACAACACAGUCUCACCAAUCAUUGAUCGAUGCAUGUUCCUCGAGGACCUCCAGUCUGAUCUGGCACAUUCAGGAACCCUUCCGCCAGGCGCCAAACAGCUCUUUUGUACGCCUUUCCUGGUCAACUGUGUGUUGGCUGUCGCAUGUUUAUAUACAACAAAUCCCAACGUGUACAGCGUCCCAAGCGACAGCACCUCCCGCGGCAGAUCCUUUGCAGAAAAAUCGAAAAGACUUCUGCAGAAAGAGCCGCCAUCUUUGACUAAACUGCAGGGGAUUUGUCUGCUAUGGCUCUGGGAAUCCUGUGCAGGCGACAUCCAGACGACGGACGAGUAUAUGGAAACAUAUUUCCAAGACUACAUGCGGCUGGAACUGAGCGCCAUGGAAAUCCCCUCGGACUUUAAAGACUGGGAUUCGAGGCAGGGCAGAGAGCUGCAGGCCCUGUCCCAUAUAAUCUGGGGCAUGUAUUUUACACACGCAAAGAUGACCAUAACCUUCCAAACGCGUUUCCGUUCACCACAACCGCGAAUACGACAGCUAUUUGCGGACAAGGACAUACCGCAUAUUUCCGACACAGACAUGGCGCAUUGGUGGCCAUACCCCGUCAACGAUUCCCGUCACCUUCAGCCUUCACACUAUCGUAGGCUGCUCGUUGCCCGAUGCGAAUUCUCGACAAUUAUCGAGGAGGCCAACAGCUUGCUGAGCCAUGGUCGGUUCAAGCGUGACCCAAUCACAAUGGAGAUAGCGCGGCGAAACAGUGAGGAUUGUUAUUGGAAGCUCAUUCAUUGGAAAGCCGACUUGCCCGAGUACCUGAAAGCCGAAUACUCUACACUGCCUGUUGUCAUUCUUCUUCAUACGUUGUAUAACUCUGCGCUUAUAGAGGUUCUCAACCCCCUGAUGGAGCAUUAUUACGACGACACAGCCUUUGCCCAGUCGAGCCCCAAGCAACUCCGGCUCGCCGCCAACUUCUCUCUGAUUCACCAUGUCUGCACAUAUAGGGUGCUCUACUCGGCCAAGUACGAAUACUCGAUCCUCCAGGCCUGUCUCAAGGCUGCAACAACUGCGUUGUACGACCUGAACGACGGCGGCGUCGACAUAUUCCUCCGCGCCUGCCAAGGCUUGUACGAGGCUGGCGAGUUCCUCAAGCUGGCCAACACCUUUUUGGCCGUCACCAAGGGGCUCAUCGAGGAAAACAAGCUUGUUUUGCCGCGAGCAGCAGCUAUAGUUGUGGAAAAGUUCUACCCCGAGCUCAGGAAGCGCCCAUUCACACCCUUCAAGGAGGAUGGACACCUGCUCAUGUACUGGCCCCAAAGGGUGGUUGACCACGAGUUUGCGGAGCUCAUCAAGCGCGCGGAGCUGCUGUCUAUCGAUGAGAGUCCAUCCCGGUAACCAACUUGCAAGGUGCAUCCCGAUGUCAGGGGGCUGGGUUGGGUCUGGGCUGGGUUUCUGCUGCGAUGCACACAAAUGGCAACAAGGAAAUACACCAUGUAUAUAGGUGGCUCUGCAAGUUGACGCGAGGGACGCUUAUGAAGUAAUGCUUUUGUUGAUUUUACCUGGACGAUAACCUACCCUCGAAAGAAAAAGAAAAAAGAAAGUCUAGCUUGGUGUACAUUCAGACAUUAAAAAUUCUGCCAAAACCCGCCAGCUUUUUAUGCAGGAGCGCUCCACCUCAUGUCCAUCUGCUUUUUCCUGACCUAUAUAUAUAAAAAAACGUCACUUGUUAGAACAUGACUAGACGUUGGAUGGUGCUGAUCAAGAUGAAUGAUGUGAAAGGAAACAAGUUAGG